AUGAACCAACUAUACUUCAAAAUAAGGACUUGGAGCCAAUGCCACCAAGUAGAAGAGUAUGGGGAUAUUCCUAGCUUUACUAUAUGGACGUGGCUGACUGGUUCAGCCUUAUUGGCAUGUGGAUUAAAUGUUGCUAAUAUCAUGGGUGCGAUAACAAUUGGAAAUGUAUUAUUCAUUCUGUAUACUUGUUUCAACUCUGGUCCUGGUGAAAAGUUCCAUAUAGGUUACACUGUGUGUCAAAGAAUGAUAUUUGGAAUAUAUGGUUCUGGAAUUGGAAUUCUAAUUAGAGUUGUUCUCUCUAUUGUGUUUUAUGGGUCUCAGAGCUGGCUAGGAGGUCAAGCAAUGGUUGUCAUAUUUUCAUCAUUCAGUAAAAAUUAUAUGGAUAUGGAGGACACAUUCCCUUCCUCUUUAGCUAUGACAUCUAGAGACUUCAUUGGCUUUGUUGUUUUUCAGAUUCUUCUGAUGUUCUUUUUUUUAAUGAAGCCAGAAAAGAUGAACAAAUAUGUCAAUUUUGCUUGUCUGAUUACUGGUGUUGCCUUCGUUGCAAUUUUGAUUGCUUGCUUGAAGAAGAAUGGAGGAAGUCCAGGGCCCCUUUGGUCCCAAAAAUCUACUUUAUCUGGCAGUCAGACAGCUUGGAUGUGGAUUUACACUAUGUCUAUUUGGUUCGGUGGGCUCUCCCCAAAUGUUACAAACCAAAGUGAUUUUUCACGUUUCUCUUCAUCAAAGACGAAGAUGUAUUUGGGAAUCAUUGUCUCCAUAUUCGUUGGGGGUACAUUUGUACCACUUGCCGGUAUAGUAGCAGCCUCAGCUACUGAAGAAUUAUAUGGAGAGGCACUUUGGUUACCAACUGAUAUCUCUUUAAGAUGGAUGGCGGAUAAUUAUUCCAGUGGAUGUAGGGCUGCAAAUUUCUUCCUUGGAUUCUGUUUUGCUGCCUCCCAGUUGACUUUCAACGUCUUAGCAAAUGGAUUCUCUGGAGGGAUGGACUUGGCUGGUGUUUGGCCAACGUACAUUAAUAUCCGUAGAGGAUCUACAAUCACUGCAUUGCUUUCUUGGGCAGUGCAGCCAUGGAAUUUUUACAAUACAUCAUCUGUCUUUAUCAGUGUCUUGGGGUCCUUUGGUGUGUUCGUCACACCGAUAGUUGCAAUUAUAGUCGCUGAUUAUCAUUUCGUCAGGAGAGCUAAAAUUCCGUUACUGGAUCUUUACCUGUUAGAAUCAAGCGGUACAUUUUAUUUUACGAAAGGUUUCAACUUUAGGGCAAUAAUAGUCUGGUUGGUAUCUUGUAUUCCAGGUAUCCCAGGACUCAUAAAGAGUGUUCGCCCAGAAUUCAAGAUACCUGUAGGACUAACCAAUUUCUACUAUGGUAAUAUCUUUUUUGAGUUCAUAUGUCCAUUAAUUCUCUACGUAAUAGUCUGCCUUAUUUUCCCAGUAAAGAAUGCUGGAAUGGUAGAUAAAGUGGAUGUUUUCAAUGCCUUUACCCUAGAAGAAUGUGAGAAGCUAGGAAUACUUCCAAAUGACACCAUAGAAAGCGUAGAAGUGUCUGACAUCGAAAUAAUUUCAGAAGGUAAAGUUCUGCCUACCGUAAAACAGUUUUCUGUUUGA